UCCAUCCAUCCAUCGAUGAGCAAAGACAAAACGCCUUUUCCCCUUCUCCCAUAAGCAAACCUCGGACAACGAGCCUUCGACCGGACAAGACACAUUCAUUCAUUACCUGAAUUAAAAUAGCCUCCACUUUCCAGCUUCCCCACCCUGCCAAAGCAUGCCCCCCAAUCCCCGUUCCCCUGCCACCAAGACAUUAAAUAACUCAGUGUACGUGCGCGCUUGUGUAGAGACGGGGAGAAUGGACUGUUCGUGCUGGGGGAUGAUAGCGCAGGCGAAGGAAGAGCUGGAGACGCUGGAGACGCAGCACCCCGGCCGCCUCGGCCUUCUCAAGGCGGAGGUCAAGUCCUUCAUCCUCUUCCUCGAGUCCGAGCAUCUGCUUCACCACCACACCCCCUCCCCGCUUCCCUCCUCUUUCUCAGUCGGCACUCAAGAAUCAUCAACCUCCAAGAAGAGGAAGAAGAGAGCGGUGGAACAGACGGCGGGCGUCAGAACCGCCGGCCCGUCGCCGAAGCGGAGUAGGAUUGAUGCUGUUCUCGACAGAGCCAUAUCUUGCCUGAAGAAAAUCCAAGAGCUCAAGUCUAGCCUGCGCUGAUACUGCUACCUCCGCAAGAAGAAAUUUUAAGCAUGAUAGCACUCAUGCUCUGUUCAUUUAUAUGUAAAGACCAUUCAUCGACUCUCCACUUCAAUACUAGCAAAACUCCAACAGGACGCAGCAAGGGCAAGAGGGUAUUAGUAUUAUUUUUCCAUCCGGCAAGAGGGUAUUAGUAUUAUUUUUCCAUCCAAGUACCAUACGCUAACCCUAUGCCGUAUUGAAUCCCUCAUCAUAUGGUAAUAAAAGAGAGUGAUAGUCUCGGAAUAUGCAAUAGUUCCUCACUUCAAGCUUGUAUUUACAGGACUCAAACUUCUCCAGAUACUGCUGUUUUUUUUUUCCUUUUCAAAUAAAAUCUAACGGUUCAGACA